GCUCUUCACAAAGACAUUGUAGCCAGACAGCAAGGUACAAACAUCCAGCCAUUCAUUCUCCUGUUGUUAUUAUCAUCAGACUGUGUGGACUUUAUUAGUUGAUACAUAUGAGAGCAAGAAGCAAUAGCAGGCAUAAGUGAAUAGGUUAAUUCUAAUUUAAGAUAUUUCAGUGUAGACUGGGACCAAUACACAGGUAAAUAUGCGAUCACAGCCCAAUAUGGAGCUUCCAGAGGACUUUUGGAUCCCAAUCCCGCUGGAUACCAACAACAUUACAUCGCUCAGUCCCUUCCUGGUCCCUCAGGACCACUUGGGGAACACUGCCACUUUCUAUGGAAUGGCAGCGUUCAUGUUGUUUGUGUUCAUUGUCGGCACCGCCAUCAACAUCCUCACCAUCGCUUGUACCAUCCAGCACAAGAAGCUACGCUCCCAUCUUAACUACAUCCUGGUGAACCUGGCUGUGGCCAACCUCCUGGUCUCUGUGGUUGGCUCCUUCACAGCAUUCUGCAGCUUCUGUAGCAGAUACUUUAUUUUCGGACCUACAGCAUGCAAAAUCGAAGGAUUCAUGGUGACUCUCGGUGGUAUGGUGAGCCUAUGGUCCCUGGCAGUGGUGGCCUUUGAAAGAUGGCUGGUGAUUUGCAAACCCCUGGGUAGCUUUAUCUUCAAGCCGGACCAUGCGCUGGCCUGCUGUGCGUUCACAUGGGUCUUUGCUUUGAUUGCAUCCGUCCCCCCAUUGGUUGGCUGGAGUAGAUACAUUCCGGAGGGCCUGCAGUGCUCUUGUGGGCCAGACUGGUACACAACCAACAACAAAUACAACAACGAGUCCUACGUGAUGUUCCUCUUCGGCUUCUGCUUCGCCGUCCCCUUAACCACCAUUCUCUUCUGCUACAGCCAGUUGCUCUACACACUCAAAAUAGCAGUAAAGGCCCAGGCGGAUUCAGUCUCCACCCAGAAGGCAGAGAGGGAGGUUACCAGGAUGGUGGUGAUCAUGGUGAUCGGGUUCCUGGUGUGCUGGUUGCCCUACGUCAGCUUUGCCUUGUGGGUCGUGAACAACCGUGGUCAGACCUUCGACCUGAGGUUGGCCACCGUACCCUCCUGCUUCUCCAAGGCCUCCGCAGUCUACAACCCCUUCAUCUAUGUCCUCCUCAAUAAGCAGUUUCGUGCAUGCAUGAUGAAGAUGGUGGGAAUGGGUGGAGGUGAUGAUGAGGAGUCAUCGUCUAGCCAAUCAGUGACUGAAGUCUCUAAAGUUGGACCAGCGUAG